GUGAUAAUUAUCCGUGUAUCAUGCAUUAGCUACAUAUCCUCAUAUCUCCUACUACACAUCCUCAUAUAUCUUAAUUUGUAGGCUUUUGUUGAGGUGAAAUUUGAUCAUGGAUUCAAGCUGUGAAAAUGACAAACAACAACAGAAUGGGAAUGUUGUGUUCAUCAUAGAUGAUCAUCAAGAAGAUAAACGCCACCUAUUUAAGAAUCACAAUGUUAAUUGGCACUUAUCUUCAGAUGGUGCGGAAGACUCAUCUGUUCAUCAACAUCAAGCCGGUCACAAUGCAUAUAGCAUCCAACGACUUCCCACCAAUUACAGAGGCUUAUCAAAGUAUUACCAAGGGAAAUCACAAUCAUUCAGAUCAUUAUCUAAUGUGAAAUGUUUAAAAGAUCUUCCGAAGCCUGACAAUCCAUAUAACAAGUUUUACAAGAUGAAGUACUACUGUAGGGGAGGUUUAUCAAAGUAUUACCAAGGAAAAUCACAGUCAUUCAGAUCAUUGUCAAAUGUGAGAUGUUUAGAAGAUCUUCCAAAGCCUGAAAAUCCAUACAACAACUAUUACAAGAUGAGGAACUUGCAAUGAGUAUGAUUUCUUUGAUGAUUUAGAAAGUGCAUCAUCAUUAUCUUCGGCAUCAAUUAACACUCGUGGGAUGAGAAGUAGUUGUAAUAGAUAUGCAAGUUCGAAUCAAAUUACUUCAGAGUUGUAAUAGAUUUUAAUCAUGAUUUAGAGAGUUUUAUUUUUAUUAUGAUGUGAACAAUUAAUAAGUAUAUGGGUUGGAUGAUGAUUAAUGGGUAAACUUUCAUUUCAUCUAGUUGUGCAACAUUCAAGUUUUUGGUGUCCUUAUUGCCGUUUUUGUUCAAUAUGGAUAAUAUCGACUUAAUAUGUUACUGUCUACUACCUUAUAUAUAAAGGCUACUAAUAAAUUUCUGUUGAGAAGGACAGUACAUCUAAAAAAAUUGCUGCAGGCUUUGGGUUUAAG